AUGGAGGCAGACAUGCCAAGACGAAACGGGGCAACUAAGACCAAAGGAGUCAGCACAGAGAGCGACAAGGCUAAGGCGCUCGAACUGGCACUCGGACAGAUUGACCGGCACUUCGGGCAUGGCGCGGUCAUGCGCCUCGGAGACGCAAUUCAGGACAAUCUUUCAGGCGCAAUCUCCACUGGCUCCAUAUCCCUCGAUGUUGCAUUAGGCAUCGGCGGAGUGCCGCGCGGUCGCGUGGUUGAGGUGUUCGGCGCGGAAUCAUCGGGAAAGACAACGCUGGCAUACCAUGUUAUGGCGAACGCGCAGGUAGAGGGCGGCACGGCGGCGUACAUAGACGCCGAGCACGCGCUUGACCCCAGUUAUGCUGCGAAGUGCGGCGUGGACAUCGAGGAACUUCUCGUCUCACAGCCGGACACCGCCGAACAGGGUCUGGAGAUAUGCGAAUACCUCGUCCGUAGCGGCGCAGUUGACAUAGUCGUGGUGGACAGCGUUGCUGCGCUGGUGCCGCGCGCCGAGUUGGAAGGCGACAUGGGCGACACGCAUGUCGGGUUGCAAGCCCGCCUGAUGUCGCAGGCGCUGCGCAAGCUCACUUCCGCCAUCAGCCGCUCAAACACCUGCGUGAUUUUCAUCAACCAGCUUCGUGAGAAGAUAGGCGUUUUCUUCGGCAACCCGGAAGUUACACCCGGCGGUCGCGCGCUGAAGUUCUAUAGCUCCGUACGCAUCGACCUCCGUCGGCUGGAAUCCCUCAAGCAGGGCACGGAUAUCUUGGGCAACCGAGUGCGCGCCCGCGUAGUGAAGAACAAGGUCGCGCCGCCCUUCCGCGUCGCGGAGUUCGACAUCAUGUACAGCGAAGGCAUCAGCAAGUACGGCGAACUGAUCGACAUCGGCUCGGACGAAGAGAUCAUCCGCAAGAGCGGCGCCUUCUACUCCUUCGGCGAGAUAAGGCUUGGGCAGGGACGCGAGAACUCCAAGCAGUUCCUGAGCGAGAACCGGGGCAUCGCAUCCGAAAUCGAAGAACUCGUGCGCAACAAGCUCUCCCCGCAGAUCGUCAUACCCGACAGCGAUGAAAUGGAUGAAAUAGAAGACAAUGACGACAUCCCCCUAACCGUCAUCGGCGACUGA